GUCACUGUAGCAGUCACACAAUUACUCCAUUUAGGAAGAAAUGCAUUUGGGGCACCGAAAAAAACAGCUCCUGCAUUGAUAAUUUAAAUGCGCUUCGAACGCGCGUGUCGGCCGCUCUUAAUUGGAAAAGUUUCUCAUUUUUAAUUAAAACAUUUUACUCAAUGCAAAAUGCAGCCAAAUAUUCAACCACAGCAACAACAACAAAAGCAGGCAACAAUGGGUAAAGUUCCAACAGAGCAGGAGCAGGGCACGGAACGGAACGGAACCGGUAAUGUGCUGGACAAUUUGAAUGAGUUUUUCAUUGCUCAUACGCCCUGUGUUAUGUUAAUUAUGGAAUACAGCUGCAGCACGCCCAUCAUCGCUCACUGGCAGUAGGAUCACAGCACAUCACAAAUACACCCAGUAGAACACUCAAUUUGUUUUGCCAUCGCAUAGCUCUUCGCUGCCAUGUGGGUACGUGGUAUGUGGCCGCAAUUCGGAUUCCACUAGCAGCUUAUGCGAUUUAGCCGACAAGACAAAUAGUUCCAUGUAAUUUGCUUGUAUGUCAAACGACUCGCAUAUGUCAAGUGUCAAAUGGUCUCCAUUUUUCUUAUUUUGCCCACCCCCAGCCCCCCUUCUCUUUCUCCGCUUUCCAAUCGACAGUGUCGACAUGUGCGAGGAGCUGGCAAAGUUUUUCUAGCAAUAAAUUAAUAUUACAAUGACAAUUUCGCCCGCAUUCGUAUUCGCAGCAGAACGAACAUAUUUCAUGCUUCGCUUCCAUUUCCAAUUCUAGUUCCGAUUCUGUUUUUCUUUUCUGCUUGUUUUUUUAUGCUUGCUGCAUGUGUUGCCAUUUUCCACUUUCCCCACUCUUCCAUGUUCGAUUUCCUCCUGAUCGACACGCGAUCACCUUCUCGUGUCCUUCUGGCUAAAAAAAAAUCUUGGCUUAAAGGUGUAAAUGCCAAACAGAAAGAAAAAACAAGAGUCUUGGCGGCUGGCUGGCUCUCCAUCCGGCUAGCCGGAUGUCUGGCCUUUCUGUCUUUCUGUAUUAACACUGAAAGGGGAAGUAGCAGCAGCAGUCCAGACACAUCGACCUAUGGCCGACUGGGCAAAGAAAAUAUUGUUCUUUCCAGCCCUACAGUCCUUGCGCCCCUGGCCCUGUCUCUGCCACAGCCCCAGCCCCAUGGUCAUGGCUAAUGCCAAAAUGUCAAAGCUUAAAGUCCCGGCCUGAGCUCUGGCGCUGCCUCUGACUCUGUCUCUUACACUGACUUUGGUAAUUCUGCCGUAUUUUAAUCAGUCAAGCCAACAGCCGUCAGAAGAAGUAAUUAGGUGAGUACGGGGGCGAGGCUCUGGCUAGUAGUUGCUAAUUGAAUGAAUUUACCUCAACUUUACUUGAUUUAUUAAUUCGGCCAUCCCUAAAGCUCCCCCCUCGCACCACAGCCGGUGCUGCCCGAAUCGAUUCCAAUUCCGACUCAGAAGUCCUUUCGAUUGCGGUCCUUGGCUCAGUGAUAGCCACAGAAAGUUUUGCGUCAGCUUUUAUUUACGCAAACCGAAACAUAUUAAAAAUUUACGGCUCGUUUACUGCGAUUUGUUCAAUUAAGUCGAUUCGUUUCCUGCCCCAGUACCAGUUACAGGUUCGUCUCCAUCUCCAACUCCUGCCCCUAUCCAACCUAAGGCUAUCCUCUGUUCACCAUCAAAGUUGGAUGGCAACUUGAGUUUGCUCCGUCUGCUUCUCUUGGCUGCCAAUUUUAAUUUUCUUCAAGUUUAUUUGCCGCUCUCCUGUGAUUGCUUCAGCCCUUUCAAUCCGCUUUCUCCAAGGCUGUCGAGCUCCUCCUCCUCCUGCUCCUUUUUUUAAUUUUUUAUUGAAUUGGCUCUUGUUACUGCUUAGACUUUGGAUUGAAAUUAAACGAGCGUGGUUUAUGGCCGCAGUCGCAGUUUCCGUCGCCGUCUCCGGUAAGGAGUGAAAUUUAAUCAAGUUAUGCAGCAGUGUGGCAAGCAGUGGGGCAGGCAGUGAGGGGAAUGGGAUUGCGAGGGCUGGCAGCAGGCAACAAAGAAAACAAGUCUCAAGUGGAUGGCUAUUGUUUAAUCCAGGCAAAACUUUGCCAACUCAAAACUUAAUUAAAAAAGAAAAAAAACAACUCAGGCCCAUUGAUGCAAGCAACCCCGCCCCCGACCCUUCUAGGCACGAUCCAUAAUUACCAUUAGUGGAGUACAUACAUUGUGUAGUCUUGUGUGCCGUGUUGGAGUAUUUAGGAAGCCAAAGUGGGAGCUGCCUUUGGCACCUCUUUGAUCCCUCGUUGGAUAUUGGCCCACUGGUCAAAGCUAAUGAAAGCCGCGACCGCGAAAUUGCGCGUAACUUGGCAUAAUAUUUACCAAUAUGGUUAAUUGCGUAUACGCCGUGUGUACAAACGCUGGCUGCACGCAGCCAUCUGGAGUGCACUCGAAACUCCAGACACUGCAGAGCUGGAAACUCCAACAUCCGACCUGUGACUCUGACACCGCACACUGACCGCAAAUAUGCAAACAGAAUACAACAGGCGAAGGACGAGAAUGAGGACGAGUAUAGCCAGGAGGCAAGGUGGAGGCACAUCAACAUAAUAAUUGUAAUAAUACAAAUGCCGACACUUGCGGACAACAACUGCAACAAUGCACACUCCGCACAGACGUAGCCGUGUUUGUAUCCGUGUCCGUGUCCAUGGCAAUAUGCCAAAUUGUGUGCAGCACCACAACGACAUCAUCUUCAUCACCAUCAUCAUUUUCAUCAUCAUGGAGAACCAGACGCCAACCGAAGAACAAGAGCAAGAACAAGACAUCACCGGGUUAAUAAUGCUGUUGCGUUGCCCCUCAAAUGAAUUUGCAUAAACUUCGGGCCCUGGACACAUGAAGGGGAUGAGGAAAGGGACGAGGUACCCAGUCGAGUCGCAAAUUGAAAGAUGCCGUGCUGCCAAAACAAAAAACCAGAGCACGGCAGUGCCAUCAGGUGAGCUCUCCCUUCUCCGGCUGCCGCUCCGACUACAAGGCAAGACUAUAAGGGUUAAGAAAUAGGUUUAGGGGCUGCCACGAAGACAGGAUGACUUUAUUUGCAAUAUGGAAAUAUUUUUCAUUACCGUGUCUCUGGGCACAACCCCAUCGCCGUGCCUCCCUUCCUUCCUCCCUUGCGUCAAACGGCGUCAGUCAAGAUGCCAAACUCUGGCUGUCUGUCUAUCCGAAAGAUGCUCAUAGUACGAGUACCGAGUAUCUCUGCAUCUGCAUUGCUGGUGGUAUAUUCCGGGCUUGUUCUGGCACAUUUUAUGACAAUAUUUUUGAUAUUCCCUGCUAGUCAUGUGACAGACACAUACCGAAAAGCCACUUAUAUGUCAAUUUUGCAGGCAGACUAAAGCGAUGUGAGGCCAACACGGUUCGGUGCUUUAACGUUGUUCAGACAACCGCCAGAUUUUAAUGAAGUUCAAGCUUAGAGGAUACAGUGCCUGUCGAUCCUUCAGAUCCUUCAGUGAGAAGCCACUGGCCAUAUGGCCACAUUGAUAUAGGAUAACUUGCACUUGAUGCCACUCGACGUGGCUCGCAUGUUUGCUCUGGCCUCACGCAACGAUGACGGAGCCAUCUCUUGGCAGCACUACUAUUGGCACUGUCAAAUGGGGAUGUGGGUCGAGAGUGUGUGUAUGUGAGUAUGGCAGAGAGAGAGAGAGAGAGAGAGAGUGAAAGUUGACGCUUGUGGGAAUCGAUUUGAUAAAGUCAUCCAGCAGUCAUCUGCUGCCAUUCAUUCCACUUACCACUGCAUACGCUUUUAAAAGCCAGAUAUAUAUGUACAUAUUUAUAUGUAUGUGCGGAAUUAGCGCUAAUCCGGAUGUUUACUCGAGCAUCGGAUUCCAGAUUGUGUUUAUGGCACAGGCUCAAAUUUAAUUACCGUCGCCGAGGAGGUGCUUCUCUAGCGACUUUUAAUGUUUUCCAUGCAAAUACGAAUGGUGUUGGCUAUAAGCACUCCGGUCUGCUCCAUUCCAUUCCUUAUGCCAAUUUCCGGGCAUGGACAACAAUUACGCGCAUUAUCCUUUAGACUGGAUUUGAGCGCGGACUCGGACCAGGACACGGAUCCGGACGAUAACAAGCAUUUGCUUAAACAAGCAUAAAUGGGAGAUGCUAAGAGGACAGCAGGGAUAAAAAACGGAAAACCCGAAGUAGCAAUGCUCUACAGGAAUCCAAAACUGUUUGGCUGCCCAUCCAGGAGCUGGAUAUCCCAUAUCAAACAUCCAAUCCUGCCUGUCCCGCCUUAAGACCAAGAAUCUGGACUCCUAGAAAGGGUGCAGAUAGUGCUUUGCUCUGCAAUUUUAAUUUGGCUAAGUAGCAGCCAGUGACAGAAAGCGGGCCCAAGUUGGCGAAUACCUUGUUACCCAUUCUGGCCGUGGAUCGACCCAAGGAUAUCCCAAAGGAUGGGUUGCUACCUUGCAACCCUGCAGAGUCUGAAAAAACGCUAAUUUAAUUUUAACUUUCUGCAGCCUUUUGCCGGACUUCCUCCCCCCUAUCCCAGCUCCGGGUGUGUCUCAGGCGCUGUGUUUGAUUUUGUUGUCAGCGACUUUGGCACACUUUCGCAUCGCAUCAGAGAGCUCAGGCGGGAGAAGGAAAUUUAGCGCUGAGACAGAGCCAGAAAUGGAGCCAACGCAUAAAAGAAGACCCGAAAGAGUAAAAGUAAAAUAUUUGUCAUGCCAGGGAAGUUGCAAGUGAGCAGCGCUGAUUGUGGCACUAAAAUGAAACGAGUUCUUGUGCGGCGAUAAGAUUUCACCCUGCCUGCCCCAAUGUAAUCGGCCCUGAAGUUUUCCAUUGCUUUAGACCCAGGUCCAGAUCCGCACCCCACUUCCCUCCACUCUCUGGCCUCUCUAUCUAAUGUUGUUGGCAAACUUUUGUGACUGGCUUUGAAGCAGUUGGCACCUUGGUUCUCUGUUAUUUACGCUGCCACGCCUGGGCCCGACAAUCAACGGCAAUUUGCCUCAGCUCCCCAGGACACGGGACCCCAAAACCCAGCACACAACGUUGACCGAAUCCGCAUUCGAAUUCUUAUUCACAAAGCAUCCAAUAAGCAUAACAGAUGUCAUCAGGAGUGGGUUUCGUCGUUUCGUGCCGCUGGCUCUCACCUCUAGUGAGGGUGCGGGGCGAGAGGGUGGAGGAGGAGGAGAGUACGGGGAUAGCGUCUGGGAACGGGGGUUGAUGGAGGUGCGUUACCAACAAAUCGUCGCCAGAUGCCGGCGACAAUAAAACGUUUUACAAUGUAACCAAGGCGAGAAGAACACGCUGCUAUCGCCGAAGAGCAAGGAGCACGGUGACUCCUUUCUCUCUCUCUCUGCUUGUGCCACCACCCAUGUGGCAGUAACGUGCAACAAAGUUGAUAAUUGUUUAUGGCGACGCCUUCGAUUGGACUUUUAUGUCUGCCAAUACUGAGUAAGGGUGAUGACCUACAAGUCCAUUCCAGCAAUCAUUCACACAAUGAUUGAGUGCCCGUAGAAUCCGUAUAAUCAUAGCCCUGUUCAUAUAAAUUACCCCGGCGAUAGCAGUCUCAGAUAAGCUCUCUCGAACAAAGACCGAGAUCCAUUGUAGCACACCCAUCGAUCGGGGCAUUGGCUUGACGAUGAAACUUGCCUCUAUCUGCCGGGUGCCCAUCCACGUCAGGGGUAUCCUAUCCUACCAUCCUGCCUGGCUUCAUUAUAUUGAAAUUUUAACAUCGUUAUUUUGCAUAAUUUGCGUUUCGCUUGAAUGCAGCCACGCCACGCCACCUUGAAGUAUUUGUAUAACUACCAAGACGUUGAGGCUGAUGUGAGACCAGAGUGGGAUACGAGUGGAAUAGGAUACUGAGGGAGUUGUGCGUGACGGUUGUCAACGCUACCUGGGCACAUGCGAAACGUGAACUUUGUGGCAUCAAGUUAAUGAUUUGCACUUGUUGGAGCCCCUGCUCUCACAUUCUUAGCAAGCAAAGUAAUGAAGUUGAUUUAUUGUAUUACAAUCCGACUCCGGUUUCUUUGUACCUUCAUCCUUCGUUCCUACGUUCCUUGCCUUACCGUUUUCCAUUGUUUGAGAGCAUUGAACUCUUCCCAAUUGAACGAUAUAAAUAGAUAUAAAUCCGUUGUGGUUUUCACGCCCGGAGAAGAUCUGAGAACUGCGCAUCUGUCUAGUUCCGUUAGAGCGCAGCACUUCCUUUGCGGCUAUAAAUAAAAAAAACCCGUCGCAUCCACAAUACAACCCCAACCCCAACACCGAUUCCGUCUGCGACUGCGACUCCGAUUCUAGAGCGGCAGACACGCGUCUGCGUUCGUCAGCUGAUGGAGCUAUAUAUAGAAAAUAGUGCCAGGGCCAGGCAGCCACCCAAAAGAGGAAGAGCCCAAUCGAACGGAGAAAGGGCUUCCAUUCAGUGUAUCGACGUGCGCGAUGGAGUGCAGAGCUAUUCCCAUUCUUCCGAACUACGCCCAAGCCUGUGGGGAUGUUUAUAUAUCGCCACUUCCACGCAAGAGAUCUUUGUGCCACACACUGUUCGCCUAUAGGACUCUGAACGAUCCCGUCAUCAUUUUGAUCACCUUGGCCGUAGUCGUUGGCUCCUUCUGUCUGCUGAGCGGCUUCAUUCUGCUCUGCGUCGUCUCCAAAGCCUGGCAGGACGAGACCUCCGAGGCUAUAUUGCUAAUGGCCGUUCAUUUUCAGUUCGAGUCGAUGCCUUGCCGAAAGAUGCCGCACUUGCAGCGCCUUAACCCGACCUGGGCCAGGCAUUCCAUACACAUAGCAAGAAGCCUCUGGCGCCGCUGUACCCAACUGUCGAGGAGUCCAAAGUUCCAGCGCUACGUGCGAUUUCUACAGUCAAACCUGUGCCCCGUCUAGUCCGUGCUGCAGCUGCAUUGCUGGAGUGGAGUUUGAAAGAAGAUCGGGACUCUUUCAGCGGAUGACAGCAUCGGCAGCAAACUUUCUGCGAUUCUUCCACCAAAAAUGCGCAGCAUUCGCAGUAAUUGUGGCUGCUUUGAGAAUCGACGCACGUAGGAGGGGUUGAUGGAUGCCAAAAUUUAGCACACACUGCGCAUUAUUUAUACACCAUUAUACCCCAAAGAAAUGGCCAAC